AGCAUUACGUUACGAAAACUAAGAAAACUAGUCCGGCGUUGAAUCAACUUCACGUGCCCUUAUACACCUAAACGGAAAGUAAAUGGAAAACGAAAAACGACGACCGCCUUCCACAUCGGUAAUCACCAAUGACUAUGGCGUUUACCGGGUGUAUGGAUAUAUGUACGGCUAGGAUACGCCUUCUGGGCGUUGGGCGAGCUACCGCUGUGACAAACAACAACGAUCGAAGGGCCCCGUAUAAUUAAUAGUCAAUACGCUAUGGAUUUGCCAAAUAUUCGUCGACUUCCUGUCUAGAAUGACUACUGUUGCUUUUGUUACUGUUGUUUCAAUCAGCCAUGUCGUACAACAAUAAUUCGCACUGUCUGUUGGUAAACGCGCGGGCUAUAUUUCCAUUGUACUAACCAAUCGGAUGUUCAACGCCGUUGUGUCUCUGAACAUGGCUUGUGUUUGAAGAGAACAACCUUCAGGCUCAUCUUUCAGGACCAUCCAUCUUACUAGGCCGCUAUGAUGCAACAAUACGUCCAUUCAGUGGGGCCAGGUGACGCCCGUUCCCCAGUGAUCCAACGUCAGUUUCGAUUCUGUGAUUCUCCCUGCUGUAGCAAUCUGUUCAAGUAGCAUCUCAAUGUACGUGUGCGAAUCGUUCAUGCCUUCAAGCCGUCAGAUGGGUGCAGGUCCAGCGGUGAAACUGGCUGAUAGCCUCCGUGCCACAAUGAAAUGGUUACUCCUCGUAGCGUGUGCGUUGGAUUAUUCGGUGUGCAAAAAUAGAGACAAUGAAUUGAAGGAAGUAACAACGCGUCCGCCACCUCCCCCCAUUGGGCCCUUCGCUCCAGAUGGGGAUCCUUUGGCCUUCACAGCAAAACCACUUGAAGUGAUCCAGCAGACAUUUAGUCCUAUUACUCCGAGUAUACCUCAACAAUUUCUGCAAAGCAAAGCCUCCAGCCAACAAAGCGCAACUACCCGUAGUUUCAGUUUUCUCGAUACUAAAGGCAAUGGCGCUAAUUUUAAGUUAACAGUUCAACAUCCUUCUCAAACUUCGACUCCAAGACCGGACCAUGUAGGCCGAAUCACAAACGAUAACGCCCAAACACCUAAACCAAGUGCUAAACCGGGCUUGCCUACAGAGCAGCCAAUAAACGAGCGGGUUCAUGUUAACGGCAUUUCAGGCGAAAUCGCUCUGGUCGGCAACAGACCAGUCAUUAUCUCGAACCAGCACCAGCGCCUACCACGUAAGGAACUUGAACGAGAAGACGUUCCUGCGGUGCACCCACUAAACGACUUACGGCCUAGCUCACGCGUAUCUAAACAGCAACAGGGCAUUUUCUUUAUCCCUCCCGUGAGCAGAAACGCCGCUACGAAGCUAAGCAGCUCCGAGAUUGAUUUUAUUAAUGCAAUUCGACCCACAAAUUCUGUAAGUGAGCGAAAAAUCACAGAACCCGUUGGCCGCUCAGAUGGGAACGUUCAUGCGCGAUCGGCAGUAAGAAAUGCGAUUCCGAGUAACAGACCGGAGACCCCACAACCUGGUCGUAACGGUCGAACUACGGCCCUGUUUCAGGAUGUCAACACUGGAGAAGUAAGACAGCAACAGAACUCUAUGUUUAUUCCUGGUGUAACGGGGGCCGAUGCUACUCGAGCCGGAAAAACCCCCGACCCUGAUGAAACAAUGUCCCGUAUCGAGGGUGACUUCCACGCCGGUAAAAUAACAACACUCUCUCAAGGUGUUCGAGACCCAUCGUUCCUCAGACAAAAUCCUAGCUCACCGACCCACAUUCCCAACGAAAACUUUGACACACUGUUUAAAAAGCAGAAAGAAGAACUCGAACGGAAGUUUUCUGCUAAGGAGUUCGACCCGUCAUCUCUAUCGGUUACAGAAUUUCCUAGCUUGCAGACUACUGCUCCGACCCAGUCACAGGUCUCAGUUCAGAGGACUCCUGCACGUCGACAAAGUCAAAUUAUUAUGAAAAAUCAAAAUUUCCAAGAGGGGUUAACAGACACCGGUAAGACACGAACCAUUGAUUUCACCAUAGAACGAACUCACCAUACCGGUGGAGUGACCACUCAAACAUUCAAGCAAAUAGUUCCUAUUCGUUCCGAGGUAGAAGAACCUGUUUUGCAGCAAGCAGCACAACCACCGACCAAUGGGGUGAGACUACCGGCUCGCCCCGAAGACUCCCACCGAAAUGAAGUACCUGAACCCGUUCAAAUGCGAUUGCUUUCACCACAGCCUCCAAUUGACCGUGAGAUAAUCCUUCCUAGCCCUAAGGCUCCCGCACCCGUUGUACAGGUGUUUGAUCGUAACGCCCUUGAAGAAGAAAGACGAUACCGCGAGGAACAAAGAAUUUUCCGCGAAGAUCAGCGUCGUUAUCGGGAGCAGCAAAGGAAGUUUGCAGAAGACCGGCGUAGAUUUGAGGAAAGCCGCCGGAGAUUCGAGGAGGAUCAACGACGAUUUGAGGAACAGCGUCGAAAGUAUGAACAAGAUAAAAAACGUUUCGAAACCGAACAGCAAAAUUUGCAACAACAACGGGUCCUUGACGAGCGGAUAGGCCAACAAUUUACUCGGGUCCAACAGCAGCAGGAACAACAACGGCAGUUACCAGGGCAGUCAUCCUUAGACUCAGCAAAAUCCCAGCAGCCUGACAUCAAAAAACAACCCAAUUCUGAGAUACCUAACGAGCAAGUGUUUCACAUAGACCACACCCAAAUAACGCAACAGUUAUCUAAGUCCACUGAGCCUUUCACCGAACGAGAUGUCGGGUUCCAGUCCCCACUUAGUCAACGACGUCAGGACCAACCUGAGCAGCGCGUUCGACAAAUAGAACGACAUCCUGAACAGCAGCAACAGCUGUCGCCGCUAGCAAAAACUCAUGUUCCAUCGGAAACCCUGCACUUCACAAUCGAUCAUACUACUAGCACACACAGCCAAACAACUACUCCAGCGAAGAAAGAUGUGCAAAUGGUUGAUGUACAGGUAGAUAUACCUCUAACGCCGAGAGACCAAGCACGCGAACAAGAGGGCCCUCAAUUCGAUCAAGUGGUCACAGAAGUACGUGACCCAUUCUUCCCUGUCGCGCUGCCAAGCUUAACGCAGGCUCCAAGUACAAUGCCCCUAUCGCCCUCAACCCCUCAAAGCCAAUCCCAAAGUCCCAUCGGCCGACGUGAUCCCUCAAAAAAAGGAUUUAAUUUCUCGCCUGGCACGAUUUACUCCGAAGAUGAUCAGACUCAGGUUAUCGAACAAAGAUCUCCGGCGCGAACCCGAAACGCCACAGUUUCAAAGAUUCCACAGAAUGAACAGGUGUUUGUUCUGGGCAAUUUUGGAAAUACGGCUCGCAAAACCCAGCAACAGGGCGAACAAGCGUCAAUUAGCAAGGCAAAUCGUAACGUAAACGAUGGUAGUGGGGAUCUCCCUGGUACCCCCGGGGUGGAUUACCCCAACUAUGCGCAAGUGCCCGAAACGUCGUUCGACUGUAAAGUACAGGAGAGUGCGGGAAUGUACGCUGAUAUUGAAACGCGUUGUCAGGCAUUCCACAACUGCGAUCCACUCGGUCACAAGAUGAGCUUCCUUUGCCCGAAUGGAACAGUGUUUAAACAGGAGCUAUUCAUCUGCGACUGGUGGUACAAUGUUCAAUGCACGGACUCCAACAGAUUCUUCCAUCUCAACACGAAUAAGUACACCACUGCUCGUCCGAGACGUCGACGAAGACGCGGCGAAAAGAAACGUAAGGCGUCUGCUGCAGCAGCCGCCGCCGCCGCAGCUUAAGUAGCUCUCGACGUGGGAUACAUUAAGCCCCCAGUAGCGGAUUUUUGCCAAGUACAAAUUCAGUGGAUAAUUCUAUUAGGCGGUAGAGUAGUUUGGUCAGCGAACGACCAGCGCGUAGAAACUUGAUAACGAUGCGAAGACUGAGACCGCGAGAGGCACACGAAAUUUUCAAAGGCUGCCGAUACAAAGAACUUGUGUCUACUCGAUUCUAGCCUCUGGAACAUUCGCGACUAAACAUGUUGAGGGGCUGUGUUAGUUAUCAAAUUUACAAGCUGUAAUAGAGCUAGAAGCGGAGUAGAUAUUUUUUUAUCAGCGGUCUUUUCUUGUCGGACGGUACCUAUUGGAUGUGCAGUUUUUGAAGAUGUCGAUUUUAAUCUACAGAGAGAGGAUCGUUGCGGCAUCGGCCAGCUUGAGCGAGAGGUCGUGGCAAUAUAACAACCAACGCCAAAUCAUUUGAGUAACUCUGCCGAAGAAAGGAAAGGCUCUCUAUGCAUGUACGGGCAUCCAGAGUUGCCAUUGGCAAAAAUACAAUAACGUAUAUAGUGGCGUAGAACGUGAAAGCACUUGGAAGAAAAGACGAGUCGAAUCGCAAUACCAGGUGAUGGAUCGUAAGCUGACGCCGUAGAAAACAACGAUUACGUAUAGGCAAGUCGUGUACAAAGUAAUUCAACGCUGGUUACGGAUCUGCAACGAUCGCUUUAGAACGACAGUAUAAUUAUUAGCCAAAAACGUUACGACAGUGCACGUACAUUGUUGUCUACAAUUUUGCUAGGUAUUGUUUUUUGCGUUUAAUUGAUCUUCGUUCAGCUGAAACAAGUGUUCCGUAUCUCUGGUUUUUGAAUACGAUACCGCAACAAAUUAAAAAGAACUCGGAAAUACUGGUCCAACUUAUUAUUACUAAUGCGCUUUGAAUAUCACUCGUUUGCCCUCUCCAACACUGGCGGGAGGGCAACACACAUAUAUUGCUGAUUUUUUUAUAGACAAUCAAGUAAACAGUGGAUGAAACACAACCCAUUGCAUAAUCCAAAUGGUGAGUUAUUUAUCUUGUAUAUAUAUUGCCAUGUUCUCCCAUGCUAUUAUCGUGAGCAGGCGCGCUAACGGCAACAGAGUCGGAGAUAGAGGUAAUGAUCCAAAAGUUGUUGUUGUUGACAAGAAAGCAAUAAACAGAGCUAUUCAGCAAGAGGCCGUACACCGUGAACAUCAUUUAUGUUCCUCUGAAUGAUUCUAUUCGAUAAUAGUCCCAGAAAAAAUGUGAAACUCGGGUGCGUAUAAAGGCGGAAGAGGACCCCGCCCGUAAAACUAGGUGUUUAUAGGGGCGGCUGUAGCAAAUGCUACAUACAUGCAUGAAAUUAAACAGCAGCCACAUUAGUCAUCGUUCAUGAUCCAGACCUCCGCUGUCCUCGAGUAACUAGGUCGGAGCAGACUGAAGGUAAUUAGAUAAAGUCGGAAGUGCUUUUUAGGGAUGUGUUAAUUAUUCUUAGCGAAGAGCCAAGUGCCCUCAGAGGCAUACAUUCAACCGCGCGACAGACAAAUACAAUAUCGUGUUGGCUAAUACUGUCGGGCAUGCAAAGAUAUUCGCGAUACGUCUAUCAAAUUCGCAUCUCUAGCAUAAACUUGGAGGAUGUACGUGCACUUAAACAAGUUCUUAAUUCUUCACGGCCUUCACAUGAUGUACACGCAAUGUUAUUUUUUUAAUUAUAUUAAUAUAUUUCAUUAAUAAUUAAUUAAAAAUCAAAAAUUGCUUACGGUCCGAUUUGGGAUCGGAAUUUUGGAAACCAAUGGAAGCCCUGUCACUGGAAAAGCUCUAUUAUGGUUUUUGCCUGUGCAAAUGCAUAGACAAAUCUAUAUUAGCUUUAUGUGGAAUUCAUAUGCCUGCCUGUGUGGAGUCAAUUAGACCAUGUGAUACAUUCUACUUCAUGUCAAACCUAUUCAUUCCUAAUUGUUUUUUUUUUUUUGUUUUUCAUUGACGAGCAUCUUUGCGUACAGAUAGGUAUUGAAUCCAUUAAAUGCUUGUCUAACGGAUUAGACGGAUAACGGAUUAGAUACCAGCUCGAAUUCUCUGCAGAAUCAUUGGUUAUCAUCUCACAUAUGAAGUCUUAUUAAACAAAAUGAUCUGCACAGAGCGAUUUCUCAAUAUCCUUCGUUAUUAAGAACUCAUUAGCCACAAAUAUUAUAGAAACUCCGUUAAAUGAUUGGGUACACACCAAAAAUAGUUGUACACAUUAUUUGUUCGUUUGCCUGCAAGGCCUUUUUUAAAUGAUACAUAGGUUAUAAAGUUAUGGGUAUUUUAUUUAACACAAUAUGGGCAUGGUAAUUCGUAACGAGCCCGCGAUCGGAUGCUCGAGCUUUUUGUGUUUGAGGUGCUCUGCAUUCGGAGUUAAAUUCAACUUCAGUGUCUCUUACCUUUCGAUUCGCUCUAGCUUUUAACCUCGGGGGGGGGGGGUCACAGCAGAUUUACAGUGCGUCUCUUAGGUUAGGCUUACGUAGAUCAAUUCUAAAUUCCAGCUUUGAGUGAUUGAAAAAAAGUAAAGCCUGGAAAAAAAACUUUUGAGCAUACUUCGAUGCGGAGUAUAUACAUAACUCCCUUCAUUGCCAACUGGGAUGUAAAGGGACCGAAGAAAUGGAAAUUUAUACGAGCACAUGAACUUGCUAUCUCCUCUGUUCGUGGAGUGAGAAUUUCACGUAAGGGAUACUUUGAAAUAUUCAUGUAGGUCGCCGUGUUACUUACCGUGGUCAUGUCUGACAAACUGUCGAAAUCACAUUAUGAACAGAAGUCGAAAUUCGAGCAGUAAAAGUUCAUUAUUGGCUAACCGGCGCCUGCGCAAUGAAAUCUAGAGCAAUCGCUUGACAAUAGGGAUCCUCGCAUAUUGAGCUGCGGGAAAUAGCUUACGUAUGAGCGUGCAAUGUCUAUGUAGGACAUAGGCAUCUUUGGCCUGCUAGGGUGAUACUGCCUGCCAGUGAGUAUGCCAGUGUCGGUUACAGUAAGUAUGAUGAAUCUGUGGUUGACAGUACCGUUUUUCCGAGAAUAAAUUAGCUUCUUGUAUCGGAGGUAUAUCAACUAAUACCAAUUGCUAUAGAGACAGGUACCAUAAAAGCCUAAGUCGACUGCGGAAACCGUAACUCCUUCCCGCAAAAUGUUUGGUAUCAAGACGGUAGUUGAUCGUUAGCCAUGACCCUUUGGAGAGUAGGAAGAGAGAUCAUCAAACUUUCUAUGAUGGAGCACCGACGACUUUGAAAUUUAAGUUAUUCUUUUCUAAUGAUACAGGGGUCUUAUUUAAUCGUAAAAAUUUUACUAAGUCUCUGUCAGUAUGAACCUUAGCUUUUUUAAUUUUUUUUAGCAAGCACCUUACGUUAAUGUAGUUUAUUGACUUUUGAAGUAAAUACGACGCUCCUUAGAGGAAGUGAUUACUUACACACCAAUUUGUAAUAAUUCACUUUAAUUGAAUACUUUAUGUACUUCUAGUUGUCGUCCUAUCAACAUCAUUUGAAGAUCAUUCCACUCCCAUUUUAUUGAACACGGGUCUCGAUAGAAAACCUAUGGACACUUGAGAAUUUAUGGCAUUCUCACACUGUGUUUUUCUUAUCUGCGCUUAUACGAUACUUUCUCUUAUGAAACUUCGUUCGAAUCUAAAUAAAGUCAACAUUCGAAAUCUAAACUUUCUAGUUAACUUUAUAAUGGUUAGUUUCCUGUUUCGAGAUAGACGAACUAAACAGCUUUGUACAGUGGUAGAUAACAAAGUGCUUAAAAUGAGGAAAUCAUGAUUGGUUGCAUUGUAUUAUUAUUAUUAUGAUAACUUGCUUUAGAUUUAACAAUUUCUUAUUGAAAUUACCAUGAAAAAAUAUGGACCAGUUAGUGCUAAAAAUUGUUUUAUUCUACGUAUGAAUUACGCUGAGCCAAUCACAAAGGUUAAAGUAGCUUAUUUCAUUUUUUCUAUACUAUUUGAAACACAUUACUCAUGAUUCUGAUAGAUUUAUACGUUAUACUACCGUCUCUUAAGAGCGAUCUAUUUAUGUAACAUAUACGUUGAUAUAUCAUAUGUAAGUUUUGCGGAAGCUAAACCUAACCUAAACAAGUUAGUGGUAGUAGACCGUUGUUUUUCGAUCGUAUAAUAAACCCUAACAAGUAGAAUUGUGUUUGUCUUGAGCUAUCUGGUGC